AUGGCCUCACACUCGAAAGCUGGACUCGCGACACAGGCCAUCCACGCUGACCAGUACUUGAGCGGGCCGGAAGUCGCUCCUGCUAUCAGCACCUCGACCACCUUCCGUCACCCGACCCUCGAGCAGAUCGCGGCGGCCGACGACGGCUACUUCGACAAGAACUGGGACCCGGCAGAGCCUUCGCGCCAUAUCUACUCGAGGGAGACCCAGCCCAUCACGACCCGCGCGGAGCACGUCCUAGCCGCUGUGAUCGGUCACCCUACCGUCGUCUACCCCUCUGGAAUCGCCGCGUUCUUCGCCAUCCUCCUUCAUGUCCGCCCUGACGUGAUCGCCAUCACCGAUGGGUACCACGGAUCGCAUGUCGGGAUUGACCUGUACAGGCGGACCAGGGGAGAAGACCAGGUCACCGUCAUCAAGCUCGAUGAUGAGUACCCCAAGAACAAGAAGCUCCUCUGCUGGGUCGAGACGCCUCUGAACCCGUUCGGCGAGUCGCGCUCAAUCGCCAAGUACGCUGAGAAGACUCACGCGGUCGGCGGCGUAGUCGGCGUCGACUCGACUUUCGCUCCUCCGCCUCUCUCAGAUCCGUUCAGAUGGGGAGCGGACAUCGUCAUGCACAGCGGCACCAAGUACUUUGCCGGGCACUCGGACGCCUUGAUCGGCACGGUUAGCGUCCGCGACAAGGCCGACUGGGUCAAGCUCUGGGAAGACCGCAUGGCAACAGGCAGCAUCGCGGGCUCGCUCGAUUCGUGGCUCCUCCUCCGCUCACUCCGCACCCUCCCCCUCCGCAUAAAACGCCAAGCACGCACCGCAACCGCUCUCGCCGCAUGGCUCGCGACCUUCCAAGGCGGAGGCGUGAUUGAGAAAGUCUGGCAUGCGAGUUUGCAGGAGGACGCGGCCGAGUUGCUUGGACCGGGUAAGCAGCUCGAGGACGGACCGGCUUGCUUCUCGCUUUUGCUGAAGGAGAGGAAGCAGGCGGAUAAGUUCCCUGAGGAGCUCAAGUUCUUUGUCCACGCCACAUCCCUGGGAGGUGUCGAGUCCCUCAUCGAGCAGCGCAUCAUCUCCGACGCGAAAUGCGACCCUCGUCUACUGCGCCUCUCGAUUGGUAUCGAGGAGCUCGAGGACCUCAAGAGCGACCUCUCGCAGGCGAUCGAGAAGGUCAAGGAUCUGCAGUAA